CAUAUGAUGUUGCGCGAUGUGAUGUUGAUGUCCGGAAUGUCGGGUCAUUUUUUUUAAAAUGCUGACUGCCUGAUGUUUUGUCCUUUCCGGAAUACAUUGCAUACACAAUGCUGAAAUAUUUAAUACCUCUUGUUUCAGUUGUCUUGGCUGUGUGGACGGUGCCCGAGUGGCUCGCAUUUCCGAUCUACGGCAAUGUGGUACAUGUAUUAGAGUCGUGGCUGCGGCAGUCGGUCAGUGAUCUGUCAUCCUUAACACCGGAGCGCAUGCUGACCGAAGACGAGCUGACACUAUACAACGGUGAGCCGAACAGUAAGGGAUUGUACCUGGCGAUUUUAGGACAGGUGUUUGACGUUGAACGUGGGAGGAAACACUAUGGACCUGGCGGCGCCUACCAUUUCUUUACAGGUAAAGAUGCAUCGAGGGCGUUUAUCACAGGUGAUUUCACAGACAUCGGCUUAUCUAAUGACGUCACAGAUUUCUCUGAACCACAGAUUGUGGCCCUUUAUGAUUGGUUGUCAUUUUAUCAGAAGGACUACACUCCAGUUGGUAAACUGAUAGGUCGGUUCUACACAGAAACCGGGCAGCCCACUGAUGCUCUGCGGCAGGUGGAGUCUGUUUUAACAGAUGGGUUGAAGAAAAAGGCUCAGGCUCAGAAUGAGAUGCAGCGUUACCCAUCCUGUAACUCAGAAUGGAGUGAAGCCAGUGGGGGACGGGUAUGGUGCUCUGAGAAGAGCGGCGGUAUACACAGAGACUGGGUCGGAGUACCCAGAAUGCUCUUCACCCCUGGAUCUGGCCACUCCCGAUGCGUUUGUAUUCAACCAUCCAAUCCAAUACAUAACGAGAACCGGAACCUGAGAGAAUACAAGGACUGUCCUCCUCACGUAGACUCUUGUCGUAUCACCAAAGACUGAAUUUCAAGCUUUGUCACACUCCAAAAGCUGCUAGAUUGGUUUGGGUUUUAAAGACCAUCCCCUUGUUACGAAUUCCUCAAAGCAGGUGUAAUGCUAAAAUGAACAAAUAAUAAUUUACAAUGUAAUUAAUUGUUUAUUAAAUGAAACGACAAUUUUA